AGAAAAGGGAUGCGCGUGCUGGUGGUGGACGCGUACGGCCUCGGCGCUGAGGGCCGCAGUGCCUUCAAGGACUUCCUCUCCAUCCUACACACCGCCUUCGAGGAACCAUACGCCAAGUCACUCACCACACUCUCAUUCUGCCUCAGGGGCCGCUCCGAGCUGCUGCCGCUGCUCAAUGACCCUGGUACACAGCAACUGCUGCACAAAGGGGACACAGACAAACAUGCUGACGAUGCAAACCUUAUGUAAGGAUGGUUCUUCCGGGCCCUUCUGUCUAUGCGUGUGUUUGUGCACAGCGACAGAGUUCACGUCUCACGCGGCGCAGAGGGCCUUCGAUGCAUUCGACGUCGUGUGCAUCGCCGGUACAAUGUCAUAGUACAUUGGAAUCGGCACCUGCACUCACUGCAAAUACCGCCUCCCUCCCUCUCUGGGGGGUGUUUGUAUGUUAUGUGUAGGAGAGGCGAAUGUAUUGCCGUGGGCGCCGGUGAUGCACCAGGUGGGAGCCCUUCUGCGGAUGUGUCUGCGGUGCGACAAACCCACCCUCUGUGUGGGAUCGGCACUCCAGUCGCUCGUAUUCAUCGCGUCCAUCGGUAGGCACACCCACGUGAGCAGAUCCGGUCUAUCCCGCAUUGGUGUGUGUCUGCAUCCAUGUGUGUGUGCAGGUGCCGACAGGAUUCGCGUGUUCAACAACCGCGGGAGAGGGGGACGCAUCGGCGACCUCAAACGAAUCGCCGCUGACAAGACACUGGUGCGCACGACUGAGGGGCUGCGUGUCUCAUGCGUGACCCCUUGCUGGUGUCGGUGUCUUGUUUUCUGUCUGCCUGCCUGCAGUUGUCCACUUUGGAUGACCAGGACUGCUUCUUGGACUUCGCCACCGGUGGAAAUAAGUCGAUUGCACUUCCAUUUCCUUUCUUGACUGCAUCACAAACACAUGUGUGUCCUUUUUCCCUUGGAGCAGGCGAUGUGUACCGUCGGCAUUUGGCGGCCAAGGAGACCGACACGAUCCCCCCAUUCUCGCCAGAGAUGGCGGCCACGUCCCGAUCGUCUGCGGCCCAGAUGGUGCCGUCCGAGUGGUAUCCUUGCCGCAAUGUCGGCCUGCAUUACCCCCCCGCCGCUGAGGAAUUCCAGAGCUAUGGACACACUGUCAGCCAUACAGACAUCACACCUGUGUAAAGUGUGCAUGAUGUGCAUGUGGGUGUCUCUCGCCUGUCUGUCUGUCUGUCUGUCUGUGUGUCUGUGUGUCUAUGUGUGUCAGCUGCGCCGGCGGUCAACAUACCGUGCUCGCGUGCGCCCCGCGGUGUUGGAGGGUGCGGGUGGCGACUUCGAGGGCGUCACGCCAUCAGAGGUCCGCUCCACCGAAGUCCUCGUCAACAUCAAUAAGAGGCACGCAGCGAGACAGAAGAAAGAAGAGACAGCAAAAGUAUGUAUGGAUGGCGACCCACCGCUGUAAUGUGUAGAGCGAUGUCUCACUGGUCGCUGAAAGGCCUGCCCGUGUCGUUUGUGGCUCCGUGCCGUCACACAUGGGAGGUGCACCACACGGUGCAGCCACCGAUAGAGGUGCUGGGGUCGUCCAAGAAAGGCCCCCAGAUCAUCCAGCUGGGCCCGGCUUUCGCCAUGCACUUCAGGACCACAAGACGGUGACACACAUUCACCUUCUCAGCCACAACGCCCCCAUUGUGUGUGUGGUGUGUGUGCAGGUACCCCGAGACGGUGACAAUAGUGAGCAGCUGGGUGAAGGGCGUCGUCAUGCGCACACAAAGCGGUGGGGGGGAUCUGUCCUUUCUUACGACACCUAUUUGCCUCCGCUUCUCCCUGGUUUGUGCAGGUGAGUCGGUUGCAUUUCGCGCCAGCCCCCGGCUGUCAAUACCAGGGUACGUGACAUGAAUCUCACACAUGAAUGCCAAACAUCCGUCGCUGUCUCUUCUUUCUCCCGUCUCACCAGCCCGUUGACUGCUCGCCCUCAGGCAGACAAGGCGGCAACAGCAGCAAAAGUGGCUGCUGCUGCAGCUGGUGGUACCGAGGAGUCGCCAUUGGCGAGUGCUCUUGCGUCCGGGACGGCCCUUGUGACGCCCAGGCCGGGGCACCUCACAGUGCGCACCGACACGGUCAAACCUGUGGGGCAUCCGUCGAGGCAGAUGAGGGCGGAGGGGGGAAUGAGAGAUGGGGAGGGACACAAGACCACACGUACAGUGUCCAAAUGUGGGUGGAAGACGAUGGCAGGCAGACAGACACACACAAAGGCAGACAGAGAGAGAAGUGCUCCGACAUGGCUCCGCUCCCUGCUGUCUGCCUUUGUUUGUGUCCCCCAGACGCGUCCAAGGACUUCGUGCCUCGUGUGGCAGGCCUCAAGCACCGCAAGUCACGCGUAUUCCGCCCACCCCCACCCCCCUCAUCCCAGCCAGCCCCGCACGCACCGCCAUCCGAGCAGCCCCCCACAACAAUCAGCACCAAGCCACCACUUCCCUUCCUCCCGCCUCUCCCCCUCUCAACCAUGAGCAUCCCACAGCCGCCAGUGCCCGUGUCUCGCCCCAUGGUGAUCCGUGCGCAGGAUGAGAGCGACAGUGAGAGCGAGCGGGGCGUCGCCGCCUCCUCAUCCUUCGGCGGCAGUCCGCGGACCGACGACCGGCUGGCGGCCCAGCCGCAGCGCACACAGAGCAUGAACGUCAUGAGCGACACUGACGGCGAGCGAAUGCGACUGCUGAGCUUCGAGGAGGCUGGGGGCGGUCUGGAGGGCGUGGAGCGGCUCAGUGGGGAUGUCAGCGAGCGGGGGUACUAUCCCACCAUCACCAAAGAGAGAGCGCGGCAGAUGCUGCAUCCCGAGGAGAAGUGGGAGGCUUCCCCUGAGUCGAAGGCGCCCACUGUACGGCUGACGACCCGCAGGGCGGCUGAGGGGCCCGUCAGUGCAGGCAGGGAUGUGUCGGGGAUGGCGAAGGGGGCGACACAGAGCGCUUCCCAGCGGCCCUACACUUCGUGGCUCAAGAGGCAGAAUACACUGAUAGAGAAAAUCGAAAAGACCUCCAUACCGAGGGUGGGUGGAUGAGAGAGACAUACGAAGGGAGAGAGAGAGACACUGGAUUGUGUCUGUGGUCUGUCGUCCAGGGCUUCACCCGUUUGCUGCCCCAGUCGACUGCAGGCGAUGCCGUCUCACCCGACCAGGCACUCGUGGGCCAGACAAUGAAAUACGCCAUCAAACGGAAGAACCAACGUCAGUCAGCCAACGCAACAAACUCUUAGAAAGUGCCUCCCACCCCUUGGCCUGCGCCAACUGCACUGCUAUCAAUCAGGGAGGGGCGCGCGCGACAAGAGCCCGUCAGGGAGCCCCCGGCAGCGGCACUCGUCGUCUUCGUCAGCGUCGUUUUAUUACAUGGUGUCGAACUUUGUGCACCAGACGCCCUCCCCGCCGCCACUGAUUCACCAGUUCCGGCCGCGGGACGAGCCGCAGCACUGGAUCGGCGGUAGGCGAGAGCCGCAUGGCGGUGUCUGUCUCUGUGUGUGUGACAUGGUGUGUACAUGUGUGCAGGUCCGUGGCGGCAUACGGCGUACAACCGGGGUAUCUUCAACAAGUGGGAUCAGCUGCCGAACGACACCGACCCGCCAGCCACCAACUACACCACACUCUUCUCAGCUCGAUAGGCAGACAGACACGCAGAGGGGCAUCCUAACUGUGUCAGUGCAUCUCUGUGUAUG